AUGAGGAUUGCAACCCUUCAAUUCGCCCCGAAGCUGGGUGAUGUUCAGGGUAACAUCAAUAGAGCAAAUGACUUAUUAAAGAAUGGCAAACCGAUCUCUUUGGGAGACCAGACGCCUUCCAUUGGGAUUGGUCUGGACUUGUUGAGACCUGAUGUCCUGGUGUUACCGGAACUAGCGUUGACUGGUUACAACUUCUCAUCAUUGGAGGCAAUUAAGCCACACCUCGAGCCUGCCGGGUCAGGACCGAGUGCUGCGUGGGCACGAGAAACUGCCAAGCGCCUUCAAUGCAAGGUCUGCGUGGGCUAUCCUGAAAUAGAAACUAGUUCUACCGAAACAGAACCGGACCAAGCCAAGUACUACAACUCUUUGCUUGUGGUCGAUGAGGGUGGGGAAGUGAUCCACAACUAUCGCAAGAGCUUCCUGUACUUUACCGAUGAGACAUGGGCCGCUGAAGGCAACGUGGAGCGGGGGUUCCACGAGCUCACCUUCCAGACGCAAGAUUCCACACCUGCGCAGGGCUUUACAGACGAUAUUCACCGGGCAUCCACAAGACGGGUGGCAACCUCGUUCGGCAUCUGCAUGGACAUCAACCCUUACAAAUUCGAAGCUCCUUACACAGCGUGGGAAUUCGCCAACCGCGUGCUAGACUCGCAGUCACAGCUCGUCAUUGUUUCUAUGGCCUGGCUGACGCUACUUACUAAGGAGGAGCUCGCCGCACUAGAGGGCCAGCCCGAGAUGGACACGUUCAACUACUGGCUGAACCGGUUUUAUCCGCUGAUCGACAAGCAAAUGCAGCACACGCGUGAUCUGGAUGGAGAAGAGGGCCCAAAAAAGGUGGUGAUUGUCUUUGCGAAUCGUGCCGGGGAGGAGCCGGCGGCAGAUGAUACCAAGCCACCGGCGCGGUAUGCGGGGACCAGCGCCGUCAUUGCUGUGACGCAGCGGCCGCAUCCCGAAACCAAGGGGUCACGGGUUGGGAGCCAAGAGGAUGUGAUCGGCAAUAAGCCGACUUUGGAUGUGAAGAUCCUCUGCUGGGAUCUGCUUGGCGCGGCGGAAGAGGGUAUUUGUUUCGCGGAUACCACGGGAGACCCGAAAAUGGUGUUUGGGCUAAGGUCUAGAUCGGGACCAGGGUCAGGGUCAGAAUCAGGGUCAUAG